UCAGCAGUCGAGCGUAGCUAGUGAAGAAUAAUAGAAAAGCAAGAGAACGCGCCACGCACAAUUAAAAAGCAAAAUGGUCUGCAAGCAAUGUAUCAACACCUGUAAAUGCAACACCACCAAAUGCGGUGACAAUUGUUGCUGUGCCCAGAACUGCAAUUGCUGCUGCAAAAAUGGACCCAGGGAGCAAUGUUGUGCCAACAAAAAUUGAAGCAAAUCCUCCUUUCCUAAGUGUAGUAAAAUGCUUGUUAUAAUGUUAUGAACUUUAUGUGCCAUAAUAGAGAAAUCAGAUAAAUAAUGAAAUAAAAGUAAUUUUCAGCAAAAAAAUUGGUUGUUAAC